AUGUUUUCCAAGACUCUCGCUUUCCUAUCCACGGGACUAGCUCUUGUCUCUGCAGCUCCCCCAGCCAUCACCGGCUACUCCCUGACCUGGAGCGACGACUUCACUGGCGCUGCAGGCAGUCUCCCCGACUCCUCAAACUGGAUCGUCGACACCGGAACAUCCUACCCCGGCGGCCCCGCCAACUGGGGCACAGGCGAAGUGCAAACCUACACCAACCGCGCGGCAAACAUCAAGCAAAACGGCAGUGGCGUGCUCCAAAUCACCGCCGUGCGCAACACGGCCGGCGCCUGGACCUCGGGCCGCAUCGAGACAAAGCGCACCGACUUCCAGGCCGUGGCCGGCAAGAAGAUGCGCAUCUCAGCCCGCCUCAGCAUGCCCAAUGUUUCCGGCGACGCGGCCGCCGGGUACUGGCCUGCGUUCUGGACGCUCGGCGCAGAAUUCCGCGGUAACUACAAGAACUGGCCAUCGAUCGGCGAGUACGACAUCAUGGAGAACGUCAAUGGAUUGGACAAAGCGUGGGGUGUUCUGCACUGCGGUACCAAUCCCGGCGGAGCGUGCAAUGAGCCAAACGGAAUUGGAUCGACGAGCUCGUGCUCUGGAUCGAGCUGCAAGGGCUACUACCACACAUACUCGAUUGACGUCGACCGCUCGUCCAGCCCGGAGAAACUGACCUGGAGCGUCGACGGCGUGGCCUAUCAAACUGUGACUAAGACGCAGCUCGGCGCGACGGCGUGGGCGGCGACGGUCCAGCAUGGCCAUUUCUUGCUCUUGAAUUUGGCGAUGGGCGGUGCGUUCCCCAAUGCGGUUCAGGGUAGUGCUACGCCGACGUCGAAGACGGUUUCGGGGUACUCGCUUUGGGUUGAUUGGGUUGCUGUUUACAACUCGAAAUAG